AUGGCACCCCGCGGGUGGCCUGCGCGUAAAAGGGUGCACCAUGUGGCAGGAAAGAGAGCCACUUAUCAGACCGCGAAGACCAUGGCAUUUAGAUCUGGAAUGAUGGGUGGAUUAUUUGGACCCACCGGCAGCGAUUUUCCAAUGCAGGCUCAGGUGCGAUCAAAGGAGCAGUACAUUCCAACGGCUGCGGGUGAGGAUGUCCGGCAUACUCGAACAGCAGCAGCAGCAGCACAUCCAAGCAGGUACAGCCUGACAGACCUCGAUGAUCUGCGGGUUCCCGCCAGCACCAAGCUCAUGGGCCAUUUGACCCGGCUCCAGGAUGAAUUGCGAGGAUGCAUUUCUGCUGGGCCUUUGAUGCCAUCUGAUCGGUUGCUGGAUCAAGCCCUGCAAGAUGAGAUGCCGAGGGUCAGUCUGUGGAGCUCCUCCCGCAUGCCAAAUUCUGAGAGCAUUGAGGUGGGCAAAGGAGGAUCCGUCAAACAGAAUGACCGCUUAAAUUCAGAUGCAAAGCCCGUUGUCGACAUUGACUUGGAUGGUUUGGAGAGUCUGGAAAGUUCUGUUGCUCGCGAAUCUUUGCGGUACAGCCGGGCAUGGAGGAAAACGGACGUGACAUCUCGGACCUUGUCGCCGGUGAAGCCUUUGCCAUUGGAAGAUGGAGUCUUGGACGACGUGUGCUUUGAGAAGGACCGUCGCUCCCUUGACAUGGACACUUGGAUGUGUCCAGGCGAUGCCUUCAGAACGGAGAGGAGGUCGGCUCAGGCAAGCCGUGGUGUGAUUCGGAGGCAGCAUGUUCCAUUGCAGGAUGACGAUGCAGCUUUUCGUCGGCGGCCGGGCUAUGCAUCGCAGUCCUGGGAUUUCACCUCUGACCUUGGGCUGGGGCUAGGACCGCGCCGCUGA